AUGAACUUUGAUUUGACUGGUAUUGCUAGUGACGAUGAACCGGGUGUUGAGCGGAACAGACCCCUGAGGGGAUAUAGGAAGAGGUGGCGUCCCUCACCUUCUGCUGCAGCUGAGUCUCAGGAAGAGAUCUUGCAUUCUGAGCCUGGAGGGGAUUUGGAAGAAGCUGGCCCCUAUGGCCCUGCGGAAGUUUUUGUUUUUGGGGAAGACACAUUCUGUAUCGAUGACUGGAUUCACGUUACAGACAGUUUAGCAACUGGUGCAGCUGAACAAUAUGAGCCGUCUUCACCUGCAGACGAAUUGGAACCUCCAGUCGGCACAGUUGCGCUUGCAGGUCCACAGGCUUCUGAACCGGCGUGGCAGCAGUGUGCAGCCUCAGCUGCAAUCAAGCGGCAAAGGAUGGAGAUGCCUAAGCUACCCUGGGAAAGACCACCAUUUGAUUUUGUUUUUCGCACAGGUGACAAAUGGGACGGUACAAUCCUGGCUGGAUACAAUGAUUUGUUUGCUCAUACAACAGUUGGGUGUGCCGAUGUUUUGAACUCACAGCUUGCUCCUGAACGAGAUACAGCUGUGGGUGGACGGGUGGAGCAACCGCCUGUGGUCCGCUUGAACUUCAAGAAAGUCCGGACAGAGCUGCCAGAUGAGGACAUCAGGGUAGUCCAGCUCUCAGACGGUGCGCCGACUGACCAGCCUGUUGACCCACCUUCCAACCUGGCUGAAGUUGCAGUUCCAAGUGAUUCUGAGUCUAGUGUUGCAUCAGAAUGUGGAGAAGUGGAGCAGGACCCACCUUGUCAGGGCCAGUUUGAGGGUCCAGAGAGGAUUUCCCUCUUUCCUGACUUUCCCGGCGUUGCCGAAGAUGCGCUGCUGGUACAUCGAGUGUCGGGCUUAGUUCAUGUGCUGAAUGAAGACAACGUACUUUUGUGUGGGCGCAUGCCAUCGCUGAAUUUCAAAGAAUAUGCCUGCUCCAUUUCAGACCGUGGAGUAUAUGAGGGCUGUGCUCAGUGCAAGAAGGCUUUUGGCGGCAGGCGUGCCGCACUUGGCAGGGUCAGGCUCCCUGUUGCUGCUGAGCAUGUUGCUUAUUUGGAGCAAACCGCAGAAGAAAAGCUGGCAGCGGGUUUCAUGGAAGGGCCCUUUGAAACAGAAGAUAAAGGGACCACCUAUUUUGGUCAGGUGGCGAUGCACAUUCUUGGCAUCAACAGUUGCCUGUCCUUUGAGCACCCUCCUGAGUUGGAUGCCUGCCUCCGAACGCCUAGCUGGUCAUUGAGUGGGGGAAUGUCCGACCAGCUGAAAUGUAAGCACCUGCAGCUUCCCAGUCAGAAUGGUCAGCUCUUCGAGACAAACCAGGAAAGAACCCGGACAAAGUUUUUCCGAAGUUUCCUCUCCGAGCGUGUGACGCCCUCAAUCGAGACUCAAAACCCUGGACCACUUGCGUUUGGCGAGUCCCUUUACGGAGAACAAAAAGGGCCGCUCUCAGAUGUCAACUUCCACAAUUUGUCGUUUGCAGAUCCUUUUCACUGA